GAGGACAACGAGGAGCUGGACGGGCAGUCCGAGUUGCAGCAGGUGCUUGACCACACGCAGACGAACCUGUGGUGGGCGGGCAAGCAGCUGGGCCUCGAUCAGACAUUAGAAGAGUACGUGGGCAGGAACGAGAAGACAAAGAUCGUCGCCAAGCUAGCGCCCAAGACCGCUGGCGCGCCAGUGCGAGAACCUCGAAUUGACGAGAACACGCACAAGGCAAUGAUGGCCCAUUAUUACAAGAAGCAAGAGGAGAAUAAGAAGUUGGAGACCGACGAUGACGACUCUUACCUGGACUCGCAGUGGGCCAACCCGAAGUCCCUCAAGCAGUCCCUGGUGGGCGGCGGCCGCCCUAUCAUGGCCAGGCCUGGCGGCCGCUGAGCCGAGCAGCCCCCCGCCGCCGCCCUCCCCGCGCCGCGGCGCGGCGGCCGCCUGCGCCGCCCGCAGGCGUAGAUCGAGCGCGCCCUCGGCGGCGAAUUCGGCGUCCGGCUGAUGGACGCAGGCAAGAGCAGCUGCAUCCCCGAGGACUUCCGGGCCGUAGCUCAGCCCGCCGGCGGCCGUUGGCGGCGACCCGGGCAAGCCCCCGAGCGCUCCCGGCAGGGCGCGCGGGUUCCAAGUGCCAGGCGGUUCUCCUCCCCCCCUCCUCCAUUCUUUCGCCCUAC